AUGGUGGAGGGUGUCGUGUUGGGAGUGGUUGCUGUUGAAACACAGGUUGUCGACUUUGCAAUUGCAGGCGGGGCUGAAUUGACUUGGCCCAUGCUUACUGGCAAGCUAACUAACGCAGACACGGAUCCUAUGUGGUCCAGCUCCUCUCCGAUGGCAAGAGAAGAGCUCAAGGAGGCCGGUAGGCUGUCUGGAGCAGUGGCUUCAAAGGCGGAAUCGAAAGUGGACUGGGUGGCAAACAUGCCAGAGAUAGUGGCCGAAUUCGAGCCGGAAGCGGCAGAGGAGGUCGAGGAUGAUGAAGAGAAAGAUGAUGAUGACGAUGAAGAAGAUGAAGAGGAGAAGGAGUUUUUAGCUGGCUGUAAGGCAGCCUUGAGCACAGGAAUCGCUUCGACUAACUCACGAUCGGACAAAUUGAGACUGAGCUUGGCUACAGAAUCUUCAGAUGCAGAUAGGUUUUCUAAGUUAUAA